AUGUCUUCUAAUAUUCUGAUCACUGGUGCGGGGGGAUACAUAGGAGGAUCUAUUGCUGCGCACUUGCUAGCAAAGACAAACGGGCUGAUUCAGAAAGAUCAAGUCAUUGCCGCAGUAAGAUCUAAGGAGCAAGCUGAUGCUGUGUCCAAAUUGGGCAUUCGUGUGCUGCAGCUAGAUCUGUCUAACGAAAAGGAUGUGACUGAAAGCGUGCUACACCAUAACAUCAGUAUCGUUAUUCAUACUGCCUCGGUAGAUCCGAGCAUAGUGCUACCUCUCGUCAAUGCGCUGGGCAAACAGAAGCAAGUGAAUGGGGGAGAGACCCAUUUUAUUUACACUUCGGGUCUGAGCGCAUUUUACGAAAAGACCGGCUGGCCAGUCGGGUCGUUCAAAGACACAGAUCCCGUAUUUGAUACAGAGAAGCGUAUAGCAGAUUCUUUCCUUCUACGAAAGACUGACGUCGCGGUCAUCGAGCAUGCCGAAGCGCAAGGGGUCACUAGCUUCAUCGUUGUGCCUUCCUUAGUCUAUGGUAAAGGUAGCGGCGAAUGGAACAAGCUGUCUGUGGUACUGCCACUCUAUGUUAAGGCUAGUAUCUCAGCAAAAGCGGUUUACAAGUUCCCUGAAAAUCCGAGGGUAUCCGGCGUGCACAUCUCUGACUUGACUGCGCUGUACGGUUUGAUUGUUGAACACAUCCUCCGAGGAGAGACGGUUCCAAGUGGCAGAGAAGGCUACUACUUUGCACUGGCCCAUGACAUGUUCCUGGGUGAAGUUGGGGAUCAUUUGGCUAGAGCCCUUUGUGAUCGUGGCCUGAUCUCUGAUUCGAAGACCCACAACUAUUCGGAUCCCGAAGCUGCUGCGGAAUCACUGGGGGUUCCUGCGCCGUUUGUGCAGAUGUUGUGGGACUCUGGGCCGGACAUUAUCGCCGAACUUCCGCAUAGUAUUGGAUGGAAGCCGGAGUGGAAUAAGGAGCGGUUCUUGCAAGACGUUGACGAUGAGGUUCAGGCUGUAGUGGACCUUGGGAAGGCGAAAAGCAGUCUUGUUGACUCGUUAUUGAAAUCGGCGAUGGGUUAA